AUGGUUAAUAUGCUGGUGGCGCUCGCACUAAACCCCCCAUUCCUCUACCUGUAUAUCGCGGGUAAACCCAUACACCCGUACCCCUCACACCCAUUCCUCGAAAAGUUGAUUUCAAAAAACUAUUUCCUAAACCUGUCGGCGAAGGAGGCCUACAAGGCGUUCGUGAGGGCCUACGACUCCCAUUCUCUGAAACACAUUUUCGACGUGAACCGACUGGACCUGGUGUCGGUGGCCAAGAGUUUUGGCUUCAGUGUCCCCCCGUUUGUCGACUUACCGGUGAGCGGUAAGAAUCCGUCGAAACCCCAUAACUAUAGGAAAGGAGGCGUCGGUGGCGGCCGGAAAGGGAGCGGUUAUGUGCCGCCCGUCAUGAGCCAGAAAAGGGCCCACAAAUCGGUGAUCUACAGAGCGGUUCCCAUCAGUAAAGACAAGCGACAGUUCAGUCGAUAGGGAGGGGAAUGGUAGUCGAAAAAUGGGAAUGAAUUUAUGUUUUGAAUUAACUUUGUUUUUAACAUUUCAUUUAAAUAUUCAUUGAAUAAAUAAUAAGAGAAAUUAAUUUUUUAUUUAUAAAAUAAAUGUUUUGAAAGCUGC